GCCGCCGGCCCGAGCGAGCGGCCCCCGCUCCCAAGGCCGGAGUGGUUCGUGUCCGCAGCUUUGCGGUUCAAGGAGGAGCGCUGUAGCCCGCGGCGGCUCUGCCGUGGGUGGAAGGGGCGGGGAAAGCUCGGCUCCAGCGGGAGAGUGGAGUAUCGAGAGUCUCCUAGUAGGAAAGCCUGGGAGAGCUGGGUCUGAUCAGCUUCGAGAAAAGACGGCGGAGAAGAGACCUUAUUCAUGAGUAUAAGUAUCUAAAAGAAGAGUGCCGAAAGGAUGGACCAGGCUGUGCCCACUGGUGCAGAACUAUAGGACAGGAGGCAACGGGCAGAAACUGAUGCCCAGAAGUUCCCCCUGACUAUAAGGAAGAACUUCUUUCCUGUGCCGUGGCUGCGCAUGGAAUAGAUUGCCGAGAGAGGUUGAGGAGUGUCCCUCAGUGGGGAUAUUCCAGAACCAUUUGGAUGCCAUCUUGUGCCAUGUGUGGUAGGAUGACCCUUCUUGAGCAGGGAGCUGAGGCCAGAUGACCCCUGUGGUCCCACUGAACCUCCCCCAUCCUGGGGUUUUGUGAGUCCCUGAAGAGCUGAAGGGAAAAAAAUCAGGAGGCUGAUGCAGAAGCACCAACGUUCUUGCUGUUGAGAUGUCCUGUAUUCCAUUGUUAAUGGAACCAGCAUGUUCCAGCUCUAACGUACAGGGAGCUACAAAAACAAGGAGUAAUGAUGCUACUUCCAGAUUUUUGGUUCUUUCUGGCAAUAAUGAAAGCAAAGAGUCAAAAUCUAUUCAAAGAAAGAGAGUGCUUCCAUCUUGGAUGCUGGAAAGAGAUCUUCUGGUGCAGAGGGUUUCCAAGCCUGUUACGAUGGGAGGUAGUAGAAAGAAAAAAGGCCAAGGAAGGGGAGAAGGUCUUACAGAGUCAUUAAAAUCAGAAGUACAUGUACAGCAGAAAAAAAGAUUACCUUCUGAAGAAACUAUAGAGGAUUUUGAAGGUGGAGAGCAAGAUCAAGGGAAAAGGACCUGCCUUCCCUUCCCUGUUCUUUUAUCUCAGAAUACAUCUGGAUUACCUCUUGAGACUACCAUGAGAUAUAUGGAAGGAAGUGGCAAGACUGGAACAACAAACCCUGGAAAUUCUCUGGAAAAAAAUGAUAGGCAGCUGCAUAGCCAAUGGUCUAAAAGAGAAGGUCACAUCUCCAUUAAAGACAACAGAAUUGAGGAAACAGAAAACAAAGAGCACAUUGCUGGUUCUACCAGCCGACAAGCUCACUGGGGCAGGACUUCCCAAUAUCUUGGUGCUCAGGAAGGGAUUCUUGAGCCUGAUGCAAAUCUGGACUACAGCACUGAGAUUUCUGAUUCAGCCAGAAGUGCAGAUGCUUCAGAAAGCUCCAAACAGAUGCAGCAUAAGAGGACACCUUGCAAGUAUGGAAGUGGCUGUUACAGGAAGAAUCCCAUUCACUUCCAGCAGUUCAGUCAUCCUAAUGAUGAUGACUAUCACAACAUGGAGAUGGUGGCUCAGGAUGAUGAUGACAGCCGGCCUGAGUGUCCAUAUGGAACAGCUUGUUAUAGGAAGAACCCCCAGCACAAGCUGGAGUACAAGCACAGUGCACCUCCAGGAAAAAGGGCAGUGAAGAAGGAUGGUGUCAAUGAUGGUGAAACCAAUGAAUAUGACCUCAAUGACCGAUUUAUAGAUGACGAGGAGGAAGAGGAGUGCGAAGCUACUGAUGAAGACUCGGACUGGGAACCAAGUUCAGAAGAAAAGGAUAAUGAAGAUGUUGACACACUUGUGCAAGAAACAUGUAGAUUUGUUAGGCUCAAGAAAUAGCUGCUGAGAACAGCUUUAUAAAUGUCCAGUGUGGUUGUGUUAAAACAUGGUUGCACAGAGGAGAGGAAUUAGUUUGAAAAUUUUUUCCUCCAUGAUGUAGGCAGUACAGGAAGAUAAUAAUAGGGGUGAGGGGAUUCUCUUUCUUAUCUGUAUGUAUUAUUUUGAGGCUGGUGUGGUGUUUGGUUUUUUUUUUUUUGUUUUAUUAAGUUGUGGACCCAGAGAAUCGAGCUCUGAAAUUUUUGGUUUUUUCUUUUUUCUCUCCUUUUUCUUUUUUUUUUUUUUUUUUUUUGCAACACCAUUGGACCAUUGGUAUCUUGUAUUUUGAAACACAGUUUUAAAGGUUGUUAAAACUUCAUCUUGCUGUGCUCAAAAGAAAUAUUGGUAGGAAAGCCUAAGCCAUUUUUAUUGUUGAGUUCAUGCAGUUUUAAACUUUGUUAUUCUGCCUCCAUCUUUUCCAGAUGUUGUUUUGUUGAUUAUCUUGAGGUACAGUAGUUAAAUACAGGUUGUCUGAAUCACUUGAGAGCAGGAUCUCAGUGUAUUGAAGCACUUGAUUGGCUCAACAACAAGUAUUAUUUGCUCUGAUUGCAACAGUACCUCUUUCCAUGUUCAUCACUGGAACAGUUUCUAGUUCUCAGCAAAGUCUUGAUAUUUUUCACAGUUAAACUUGUAACAUACAGUGAGAAAAGCAUGUAACUGUGUCUCUGAUUUCUAAAGACCUUGGAAGAUCUUGCCUUCAAUGUGUUCAUCACUCCCCUGAGCUUCCUGGAAAGCAAGUUAAAAGGUUUUACUAUAUUUUCGGACAGAUGGCUGGAGCCUUGUGAAUUUGGCACCUUUUUUGGUCAAAGUCCUGAAGUUCAGCUAGAGACUCAUUCUAGUAUAGCUUCCAAGUAGGCAUCCACAUACACACCAGCUGGUUUUACAGACUUUUCAGGAGGGCUUUGUGGAUGUGCCCUCUACAACUCUAAUGCCCCGGUUUUUGACUGAGCUCGUGUGUUUGUCUUGUUGUGAAGAGGCUCCUCUUACAGGAAAAACUGCCAAGGGGGAAUCAAACCAAGCAUUGCCCGGGCCUUGCCACUGCUGCAUUGAGCUGUGUGCAGACUCAGCUCUCAGCAGCCCUCAGAUCUCCUGCUUCUGUCACACUGGGGCUGUCUUGGGCAGGGAAAUUGCCCUGUGAAGGAAGCUGCUGGCCGCAGGGGAAGCUGCCCUGAUGGCCAGGAGGCAGGAAAGCACAGAGCUGGCUUGGGCUGGGCUGUGUCACAGAGGAACUGUCUCAGUCCUGCCCAGGAGGCGCCUCCGCAAGCAGGUGCAUGCAGCUGCCACAGGAUGGAGCCAGCCUUACAUUGAGGUGUUGGCAGAGGGAGAAGCCACUUUCCCCCGGGGCACGGGAGAGAUGUGCUCCAGGCUAUGGGAUGCGAGAUGGGACUGUGCAGUCUCAAGUCCCAGCAGUUCAGAGAUUGGGCACUGGGGAUGGAUCUUGUGAACCUGCCCGUUUCUGCCUCAAAAAAACCUCAUUAUACACACCCCCUUGGCACUUGGAAACUUUCAUUCUUGGAGGGUCAUCUUGGUCCUUACAGAUUCUGCUCAAAGGGGGAGCAUUCUUUUUGACAGAUUUCUCAGAUAAAAAUAAAGCACCAAUGUGGCAAUAUUAUAUCUGAGAACUGUUUCUUGGUAAAGAAAGGGUAUGGACCCAACUAGAGUGGGAUAGAAAAGAGAGCAGAGAGGGAGAAAGAGAGACAGAGGAAGAUAUAGAAGACAGGGACAGCAUCACUGCCAGGACACAGGGGCAUCCCGCCAUAAAGACAUAAACUUCUCAUGGAUUAAUUUUCCUGACACCUCCAUUUUCUGCUUAUCACAUGGUACAUGUUAAUGUUCCCAGCAUGUCUAACAGCCCCUAUAAUAAUUUUUCACCCUGUGUAUAACAAAUGUUGAGACAUAAAAAAAGUCAAAUUGGUUCCUUUCAGGUCCUCUUCUCUCUGCCAAAAGGGAGGGCAUUCCCACGAGGUGAAUUUACUCAGUGGGAUGAAGGGAUUCCUGUCUGCCUCUUGGGUACAGUGCCAUGUCAGGGACUUGUGGUGGCAUCUGGCAUUGGGAAAAAGCUGCCAUGGGAUUUGUGCUGCUUGUGGUCUCUUGUUUGUUGGGCACACAGGGAGGGUGAGGUGAAAGUGACCAGAAAAGCACAGAUGCAGAUCCUGAGUGAAACAGGAACUCUCCAGGUCAUUUGAAGGGGCCACCUUGUAUUUUGGCCACAAAGGGCCUAGUGUGAGUUGCAGGUUUCUUCAAAGGUUGAGAAGUGGGUUGUGCAUUUCAGUGUGUACUGUACCAUGUGGUAUUUACUGUAUUUUUUUGUUAGGAAAAUUAAUCCACAAUGCCAGAGGUUUAUGUUCUAAAAGGAGACAGAGGAGUCCUGCAACUUUAUUCAAAUAAAGGGAGAGGCCAUGGGACAUUUUCCAUGAGGUCUUUUUUUUCUCCACCUUGGCUGAGGUACUUGAGAGGUACAGACUUCCUGAAUAGCCUAAUACAGACCCCCUUCUAAUGUGUACCCUCCCCCCACCGUUCCCCCAUUUUUCUUUGUAUUGCUGUUCUUUUCCUCUAAGUCCAGAAAUUUAGCACAGUCUUGGAUGAGCAA